CGGUCAUGGCAAAAAGGCUCAAGUCUGUUCUACAUACAGCUCAGCAGGUAUAAAUAAACGGUGAGUCCUUUAUUAUCCACCUUAGGUUUUUAUCAUCAAGUACCGCCAACUGCUAGCCUAUCAAUUGCCUGUCUGUUGCGGGUCGAUCUUUGCUUUUCAACCCGCACGAACGCCCGUCCCCGAGUCGUCAACUAUACCCGUGGUGUUCGGCGUCGAUCCAAUCAAACAUCAAUUUCGCUCGUCGCAAUCAACGCACGCCCAGUCGCUUACGGAUACAUAGAGUAGCCAGCCCUCGAUGUGGGAGCCAAUCUAAGUCGUCCGUGUCGAUACGUCAUGAUCCCUGUCGCAAAUCAGCCCCAAGUGCUUCCCGUCCGCUCACCACACGACCAACCCGCCUGCCUGACUUGCUGAAGGGGCAUCCAUAGACAGGGACCAGUAGAUCACCCUGACUAGCACGCAGCAAUCUGCAUACCUACCCCAAAAAGAAAAGCAAAUCGAAUAGAUUCUCCAGACAGUUGAACCCCAAUUAUACCUAUACCACAGUUGCGGGUGUGUCUUCCUGAAGCCGCUUGUUACAUUCGCUGCUUUCAGUCCUGUCGCCUCUUACACCAGGAUUACCCGGAACAAUAUCUCCGGGACCGGUUGAAAUCUCUAGUAUCUUUAGGGGCCCUGCGAUGUUCGUCAGCUGCAGUCUAUUCUGGUACUUCAAUAACUGCAGACUGCUCAAGACUUGCUAGAUCAUCAAGACCUCGGUUCCACUCCCAUGGCUUCACCCCAGCCAUUCACACACAGCUUCUAGCAGGGGUGGCAUUCCUUGGAAAAGGACAGUUGCACCACGAUAUUGUACGCAGCACAAUACCAGCCAGUACCGUUACAAUGAAGACCUCGGGGUUGCCGUCUUACACGGCGGCCACGACAAAGCUUGACCCUUGGGGCAUCGUCGCCCCGUAUGUACCAGCUUCCAGCUACACGACCCUGUGUCUCACUUCGCGUACCCUGCAUGCCCACUGUGCACCUCGUCUAUGGAACGAUCCCCUGCGCAUGGUGCAGCUGCUACGGCUUGAUCGCAACGAAGAACUUAGCUGGUAUCUUCGUCGUUUUAUUGAAGGGUCGGUCAAGGUUGCUAGAGAGUCGACCCGUGCUCUAGUAUUGGUCCUUGACUUCAGGGACUUUGCCACAUUUGGGGCAGACUUCCUAUCCUCGGUUGUCGAGGAGGCCCUUGAGGACACUAUUCGUCGCCUCCCAACAAUGUUCCCCCGACUUCGGUGUCUCCUACUGGAUGGUCAUCCCGCCUUUGACCCUGGCUCACUUACCAGGGCCGCAGCCGUAGCCAAGACCGCCAGGCAGCAGAAUUCAGACUUGCCACCCUACAAGCCACUUCUUCUCAGCAUCGCGGGAUCAAACACUGAGUUGCCAGCUUCCUACUUUGUAUCCGAGUACACGCGAGAUUUGGUCUACCUUGAUAUUUCACAAGUGCCUGGCUCGUUGCGGAUUCCAGCCACCACCGGAGCUUUUGGGUCUCGUACUCUGCCAUGCUUGCGUGUACUCAAGGCUCGCGGCAGAGAGCUGGGUGAUGCCGGAGUAAAGGCCCUAUGCAACGCGUUCGGUCGUCAGUUGUGGAGCCUCGAUGUCUCUUGCAACAAUAUCACCGAUGUGGGCCUUGGCGCCAUAAUCACCUGUUGUGUUCCCAAUCUCUCGUUCUGGUCCGAGACACACUAUGAUGCCGAGGGAAAGGUUACCAUUCUGCAAUCUUCGGAGACCCAUGAAGCUAGGCCCUGUAUGACAAUCAAGGAAUCUGAUUUGAGCGCCUCAUUUUGCCACCCAGAGAGGCAUUUUGCCGACUCUCCAGCAUACGAACAGUCUGGAAGUUUCGUCCAAAGACCAAAUGGACUGGAAACUCUGCUGCGUGAUGGGCCAGAUGACUUGAUCCGCUUAGUUGCAGGAGGGGCCGGUGAAGAUGUCGCUCCUGACAUGGUGGAGGAAGUCAUGGCGUCGAGGCAAUGCCGUGGGUUCGGCGGCCUUACCCAUCUCGCCAUUAGAGAGAACCAAAUUACUCAGGUCGGUGUAGAAAGCAUGAUACAAACAUGCAGAGGGAAUCUUGGGUACUUUGAGUGCGAUAUGACAUUGAUGAGAACCCGUUCAACCUUGUUCUCGCCGUAUUACCAUCGUCAGUCGCACAUCUAUGGCCUCUUGGGCUCCUCAUGGCUUUACCGACCUGUAAUAUCUUCCAGCCUGCGAAGCCUGUACUUGCACCAUUCAUUUGCCACACAGGUGCCAACAAUUGCUAUGAUGGGUAGCAAGGUCUCAUCGCUGGCAGAUGCCUGGCUGGCCGAGACGAUGCUUCUACCGCGUGCAGAGCUCGCAUGGCCUGGCGAUGGCUUCGUACCUGAUAUGAACCCGAGAUUAACAUCUCUUACAUUGACUAACCUACCCAGACGCUCGGCUGGACCCCUGAUUGAGAAGCUGAAGCACUUUCUCAGACUUCUUUACGAGCAGGAGCAAGCUAUUGAAAGCACACGACGAGCACUCGCGAUGGAACGUGCAUCACCGAGGACUUCAGUCAUGCUAAAAGGCAUGAGGCAUCUGAGACUGGAGUUUGAUCAGUAUUCUGAUCAAGAUCCACUUGGUGAAAGUACUGAUGACGAGAAAAGCAUGACGGUUGACAUGGACCAACCACCCCCGGAAUUCUCAUUUUUCCAUACUUGGGGCCCAGAAACCACUACAUCGCGUAUGGGAACACCUCAACGUCCUUCACCAUCCCCGUCACGGCCUGGGGAAGAUCGAACAACGGUCGAUUAUCCUGCUCCUACUGCUGCCGGAAGAACCUCCCCUGUCGACCCCAAUAUAGUAAGCCCAGAAAGGAUACACCACGAGAUAUCAAACCUGUCACUCGAUCAAAACGAUGCCUUCGCCGUGAGUCGCCUGGUACCUUCCUUGACGCACGAAGUCUCCGUAUGGGUCGGUCCGAAAUGCUUCUUCCAGGAGACUGGUAACAACCAUGAGCACGCCUACCAACCUGCUAUCACAGAGUACGUACGGAACGUAAAAAAUAGGCCCUCGUUGCGCACCGGCGUCGGACCCGCAACGCCACCGCAGGUCCGAGCCGGCGUCCCCCACGGCGUCUUUCUGUUCCAGGCGGCGUGGGAGGCGAUCCUGCUUGCGGGGCUUGAUUCCCCGACCGUAGCCAUACAUGACAACGAUCGCAAUGGAAUGCAGAACCCGGCACUGGUGCUGCCAAGACUGAGGUUUCCCACAAGCCGUGACGUCGGCGACAUGAUGGAAAUUGUUUCUGAGCUCAAGAGAUUUCGCGUCACAGAGAGAGCUGAGGGGAGGCACUGGACUGGCGCGCUCGAGGUUGUAAAUAUGCGCGGGAACGACGCAAAUAGGGACGCGAGGCUCUGGCGCUGA